UCUGUCGUUGUGUCGUUCAUAAAACGCCAUCAGAGUUUCCCGUCGUCGUCGUAGCCGUCGUCGAAGGAUGCUUUGGUAAAAAAAAUGGUUAUAUCCGUCGGCUUAAAAGCAAUACAAACCUAUCUAUAUUAGCUUGAAGGCGUCCUGAAUCAGCAUUUCGUUUAGUAUAGCAAUUGGAAGUGCUAGGAAGUGCCCUGUUCUAGCAGCUAUAAUAAACACGGAAGCUACGUUUAUCUCACAAAUCGGAUUGAAAAAGCGCAAUGUUCUCCGGUUCGAACUGCUGCAUUGAAAGGUUCUUGCGAUAAGGCGGCGGAAACUGUCUCACGUGGAAACUAAUUAGAGUAAAUUAGAUAAACGGAAUCGAGAAGACUGGUUUAACAAAACGACUAGUAGGAACGGAAACAUAGAAAAGCCUUAAUACUCGAGUGUGGAAGGAAGAAAAAAGCCAUCAAAAUUGACAGAUCACAAAUGCCUAGAGGCAAACGCAGGUCCGCAGCGGAGAUGGGACCCAGCGAAGAAGAUCGACAUUCGUCUAAGAGACAACGAAAUGCCUAUCAGAGCAGUCAAAGCUCUCGGCGAUACAAUAAAGUAGACGACGCAUUCAGCCAGAAGCGAUGUCUGACAUGGUUCCGCGAAUACACCACACCCGACGAUCCGGACACUCUUGGACCGGAAGGAAUGGAAAAAUUCUGCGAGGAUAUAAGCGUCGAACCGGAAAACGUUGCCAUGCUGGUAUUGGCUUACAAAAUGGGUGCCCGCCAGAUGGGUUUCUUCACACAAAGUGAAUGGCUCAAAGGUCUGACGGACCUUCAAUGCGACACAGCGGGCAAAGUACAGUGCAAACUCGAUCACCUGCGUAAUCUGCUGAACGAUCAUAACACGUUCAAAAUUAUCUACAGAUACGCGUACGAUUUUGCUCGGGACAAAGAUCAGCGUAGUAUGGACAUUGAGACAGCGAAAGCGAUGCUGCAGUUAUUACUCGGCAAGCAUUGGACCCUGUAUCCACAGUUCGCCCAAUUUUUGGAGCAGUCAAAGUACAAAGUGAUCAACAAGGAUCAGUGGUGUAACAUCCUCGAGUUCUCCCGUACUAUCUCUAAUGAUCUAAACAAUUACGAUGUCGACGGCGCUUGGCCGGUGAUGUUGGAUGAAUUUGUCGAAUGGUUAAGACUUUUGCGCACACAACCAACAGUUAGCUGAGGAUUGUUCUACUAAGGACUGAGCAAAACGGACAAGAAAAUGAACGAACAUACACAUACACACACAAAACCAUAACGACGGUUACAUUGAAUAAAACAAUGAACUUGUCUUCACUACAUUCAAGUUGAAAUCUGAUCAUUCAGACUUCACAUCCAACCAAAACCUCAAUUCACUAACAACAGUGCUGGACAACAUACACAGAAAAACUUUCUGAUUUCGAGAUAAUGAGAAAAUACGAAGAAACCCCACAUGCCAAGUCUCUUAGUUUAAUUUUAUUUCAAUUUAUUGUCUUCUUCGAAAUAAUUUAGGAAUAAAAUAAAAAAAAAUCAAUUUUCCGUU